GAAGAGGCAGAUUGUUCAACCUCGACUGAUAUAACGCGAUUGCUCUUCCGCAAAUAGCUCAUUUUGUAAUUCGAAUGAUACCGAUCAGAAGCAGAAAGGACCCGGGAAUUAACUGAAAGUAUUGACAAGAUUUUUGCGCGAUGGCAGGCCACGAAAUUGAACAGGAAGGGUAUUUGGAGAAAUCGCCACCUUUUGCACGCGACAUCCUUGGUCGAUUAAAGCGAUGGCACCCCAGGUACUGUGUUCUAAGCCGACUACCAAAUGGUGAAACAGCCCUGACUUACUAUGAGGAUUCAAAAAAGUUCUCAAACGGAGGAAAACACAAAGGUUGCAUACUGUUGCAAGAUUGCGUGGAAGUGAGAAAAGUGGAAGGACAACUUUACAAUCGAGAUUUUUUGAUAUCUCUAAGAACAAGUCAAAAGUCCUCACAUGAAGGGCGAGUUUUCCUAUUUCGCGCGAGCAACCAAGUUGUUCAAAGCCAUUGGUUUAAUGCGAUAGAAAGAUGCAUGAAUACGGUUUCAAAAGCAGAGGCAAAGGAACACGAAGAUGAUGAUGUUUCUCGCGACGCGGUACAAAAUUUUGCACCAAGCAGGCCAACAGAAUUGGAAAUUCGGGCUUACAAUGAGAAACAGGCUGCGCGAAAGAGAAGCAGUACAACGCCAAAUGAAAUCACCGGGGAGGAGAUUCUUCGUUCUCCUGAUGUUUGCACCACUCCCAAUAAAGACUGCGAUAGAAGAAUCAGCAACCGGAGUAGUGGAUACGAGACAAUGGACCGAACUAGCUCUGCGGCAUCUCAAUGCAGUGAAUUCAGUGAUAUUUUUUUACCUGGUUACCAGGAAUCGAAGUUUGACUUUUCACCAACCUUUGAAGGUCCUCGUGUUGCUUUGAAAAAACCAACAAUGAUAAAGGCGAGAAGCAUGGGAAAUCUACUUGACUCAGUUAGCAUUAAUACGAGGAUUGAAUUCUCAAAUGCACCAACUACGUCAUGGGUUAGAAGACCCUCUCUCCAGGAGCAAGUUGAUAUUAUCUUAAGAAAACUGAGCUUGGAAGAGAGGACUGGUGCAUCGAAUUCCUGUAAUACAAGCAUAAAUGAAAGAGCCGAGAGCCAUGAAAGCCAACACGAUUUGAAAAAACCAAGGCCCAGCAGUGAACCGUGUAGCUCUAGAUGCAACUUUGCAGAUUUUAGUGGAAGUUGGGAACGCCCCGCUGUUUCUGCGAUGCCAGGCAGCUAUAAGGCAUCAGCUUCUCCAAUGGAGAAUGAUGAGCUACAAACGAACCAAAGGCCGCUCAGUUAUCCGUCACAAGCAAAGGCUCGUCCUUCGCUAGGCAUCGGAAGACAGUUCUCAAACAUUGAUGAGACGGAAGGUGAACAGACCGAAGCAGCACAAGAGGUUACAUCGAUCAACCGCACGAAUUCUGAUCCAACCUCGCGAAAAACUGACACAAAAUUCAGCUUUUUUCUGGAACUUUAAUGUGUAUUCGGGAAACGUUAUAUCGACUGACAUAAUUAUUAACCACUUAUGAAUUUAAAAACCCAUGUUAUUCUUUCAUUCAGUUAAAAGCGAUACGUCAAUCAGUUUAUGUAAAAUGUAAAAUAGACUUGAAUUAUGCAGAAUAGAAUAGAUCGGAUUUUAGAUUCCAUAAAAAAGAUGCCACAAACUACACCAUCAGUUUAAGUUUCCACAUUUCCUCCCUUUCCUACUCCUUUCCCCUCCAUCUAUCUCCAUAAAAAUUAAAAUUCAACACUUGAAAAAGACUACGCAGAUGUUAUUUUUCUUCUACUUAAAAGCAAUUUCUCAAUAAAAGCAUGAAAUUUAGUCCUGUGACGCUGGCACUCCGAUCAAAAUAGCUUCUUUUUUGCCUUAUCUGACAACGAUGGUUUUAAUGAACUUGGUGUCUUGAAGCAAAACUACGUCGCUAUGAAAAUUUAAAAUCUCGAAUUAUAGCAAAAUAGAUUUUCUUUCAUAUAAGGAAAGGAUGAUUUGCUUAUACAUUAAAAAUUAGCUUCCAUGUUUGCCUCCAAUUGAUGCUUGUUUUGCGUCCCCUAAAAGACGAUACUGGAGAAAUCCAGACCUUGGUGUGGUAGUUUUGUAUACCUUAUAGUUUAGUUUCCAGCAUAUAAAUUAUAGUAUAUAGCUGUAAAAAUUAAAAACAAUUGCUUGUAAAUAUACACUUCGGAACAUUUAUACAUAAAUGGUAAAUUACGAUCUAUUUUUGUGAUUAAAGAAAGAUCUCAUUCAAUGUAGUUUCUCGAGGAGAAAUGAGUUCAGUGAACAUCUCAUUACGGACCCAACCCGAUAACAAACACAACCCAAUAACGGACAUCAUCCACUAACAGACACAACAGUAUGACGGACAUCAUCAACCCAAUGGACACUCCCGUUUAGCAGCAUUCUUUUAUAUCCAUGUUUUUUUGUACACAUGUUCCGUAGAAAUGAAUAAUGGGCGUAGAGAUAUUGAAAUUUUAAUCUACUGUUUUCA